AUGUUCAGAACGAGGCCAAUAAACGAGAGCGAGCUGGACAAGCGGCGAGAAAAGGACCUCAAAGAGUUCAACUUCCCGAAACUGUUCAACAAGGAAGUUGAUCACGCCAAGGUCGACCGGCCAGCUCUCGAGUCGUACAUCGAGCACAAGAUGAAUGAGCUGGUUCCCGACGACGACAUAAUUGUUGAAUUCACAAACAAUCUUGUAUUUGAUGAGAAAAUCAGCCCGAAAGAUCUUUGUCUGCAGCUGAAACCGAUGCUAGACGAAAAGACGAUGGACUUUGUCCACGAGCUGUGGAAAAAAAUGAUCGAGAGCGAGCAGGAGAAGAAAGACGCCUACAGACAACGAGAUGAGCGCAGAAAGAUUCCCUGGUAA